AUGCUGUUCCUCUGGUCACAAUGUUCGAAAAACUACAAAACACCACCAUCACCAGAAGAGAAAAGAUUACCCGAAUAUGCCUGGGGAUUUGAUUUAAUUGGCCCUGAACAGCCAAUCACAUUGUUCAGUUCCGUAUGUUGUCUGCGGUUUGUGCAACCUAAUUUUCAAUGGCCGUCGGUCGUGUAG